AUGUAUUCAUCGACGCUCACCCUCGGUGCCCCGUUGGCCAAACGCCUCGUUGAGGACCCCCCCAACUACGAGGGUCCCAGCGGCCUUGGAUGGAUUCUUGCCGCCGACUUCAUCGUCUUUCUCCCCAUCUUCCUCAUCACUGCCUACACCUUGACGCAUGUGUACCCUACGCUUGCGGCCGUGGAGGACCCCCUCCCCGCCUAUGAGGCCCUCCCCAUUGACGAUGACGGAACCCCCAAGCCCAACGACGAACCCGCCCAUACCGCCCAGCCCGGCCAGCCCAUCACUGCCUCUCUGCGCGCCACUAACCGGCUGAUCCGCUCGCUCGGCGGCUGGCUCGCCAACUUUCGCGGCUUUGGCUACUACUUCUUGGUCAACCUCGCCGUGAUAAUUGCGACUGGCAUCAUCUCCACCCCCUUUUUCGUCCCCUCCAGCGUUGGCCACCUCCUCGCUCUCCUCGGCACCGCCCCGUUGUCCACCACCUGGACGCACGUCGUCAUCACCGCCCCGUCCACUAAGUCGUUCUCCAGCCGCAUCCCGCCCGUCAACAAGGUCUACCUCGCCACUUGGUUCCCGACCUUCCUCUUCUGGGCCGCCAUCCAGGCGUCUGUUAUCCUGCCAACCCUGUUGGCCUACGCUAUCGGCUUGAACCUCCAGACCGGGGAAACCCCCAGCGGUUCUGACGCCGGUAAAGCCCUGGCCGUCGCCGGCCUUUCCCUAGGCAUUCAGGCAAUCUUCGUCAUUCCCGCCCACGCUGCGUUGGCUCGCGUGCAAGCUUCGCUCCUGCCCGCCGACGAGGACCCGCUUGUUCCCUUUGACCGGUCCUUUGCUGGCCGCGUCGAGCCUGAGAUCAUCACCGGAAAGGGCUUUGCCACUUUCGGCGCCGCCAUCAAGACCAUUCCCCGCGCCAGCUGGAUCCGCAUUUACCUCUUGCGCAUCAAGGUGUUUUUCGUCACCAUGGCGGCCUUCUCUGUUUUCGGCCUUGUCUUGGCCGCCGAGAUCUUGAUUGCGGCCGCGAUCACUGGCAACAAGAACUAA